GGGUCCUUUCUCCUGCUGAGUGAGGGUCCUUCCUCCUGCUGAGUGAGGGGCCUUUCUCCUACUGGGUGAGGGGCCUUAGUCCUGCUGGGAAAGGGGCUUUUCUCCUGCUGGGUGAGGGUCCUUUCUCCUGCUGAGUGAAGGUCCUUAGUCUUGUUGGGUGAGGGUCCUUUCUCCUACUGGGUGAGGGGCCUUAGUCCUGCUGGGUGAGGGGCCUUAGUCCUGCUGGGUGGGGGUCCUUUCUCCUGCUGGCUGAGGGUCCUUCCUCCUGCUGAGUGAGGGUCCUUAGUCCUGCUGGGUGAGGGCCUUUGCCCUGCUGGUGAGGGCCCUUUGUCCUGCUGGCCGGGCUCCAGGUGUAAUCAUUAACCCUGCCGGCCUCAGGCUCAGCCGGUGCCCACAGCGCCUGCUCCCAAGAGCUCUCAGAGGAUGAGGGAGGAGGAGGAAGGGCCCCGCGCUGGGGAAGCAGCGCCCUCGGGGCUGCGGCUGCGGCGGGAGCUGGGGCUGGCCAGCAGCGUGUCGCUGAUCGCCGGCUGCAUGAUCGGCGCCGGGAUCUUCAUGAACCCCCAGCUCGUGCUCUCCCACGUGGGGAGCCCCGGGGGGAGCCUGCUCGUCUGGGCCGCCUGCGGCCUCCUGGCCACGCUGGGCGCUCUGAGCUACGCCGAGCUGGGCACCCUCAUCCGGGAGUCCGGCGGGGACUACGUCUAUAUCCUCAGGACCUUCGGGCCCCUCCCCGCCUUCCUGGUGAGCUAUGUGUCCACGCUGCUGGUCAGGCCCGCUGGGAUCGCGGCCGUCGCCCUGACCUUCGCGGAGUACGUGCUGGCGCCCUUCCGCCCGGGCUGCGCUUCGCUGCCCGCGCUGCUGGUGAGAUGCGUGGCGGCCGCCUGCAUCCUGGUCCUGGCCUUGGUCAACUGCCGGAGCGUGAGGCUGGCGGCCGCGCUCAUGAACGUGUGCACGGCGGCCAAGGUCCUGGCGCUGCUGGUCAUCGUGGGCGGGGGGCUCUGGGCGCUGGCCCGGGGGCAGGCGGCCCCCACCCUCCGGGGCGCCUUCGCCGGCACCGGCCCGCAGCCGGGCAGCGUCAGCAUGGCCUUCUACCAGGGCCUCUGGUCUUUUACUGGCUGGAACAACCUGAAUUUCGUGAUGGAAGAACUCAAAAACGCAGAAAAGAAUUUGGUCCGGGCCAUAGUGAUCUCCAUCCCCCUGGUCACCGGGCUCUACAUCCUCGUAAACCUGAGCUACAUGGUGGUCUUGAGUCCUAGUGACAUCGGGUCCUCGGGCAUCCUGGCCGUCACCUGGGGGAAUCAAAUCCUGGGAGACUGGGCCUGGCUGGUGCCCGUGUCAGUGGCGCUUUCGACUUUCGGGUCAGCCAAUGGAGGGUUUUUCAGCGGGAGCCGCAUGUGCUACGCUGCCGCCAGGGAAGGGCACAUGCCAGGCAUCCUGUCCAUGGCCCACGUCCGGCACCUCACCCCUUCUCCAGCUUUGACCUUCACAUCCGCAGUGGCUCUGAUCAUGAUCAUCCCGGCAAACUUCAGCAGCAUCGUCAACUUCUGCAGCUUUAUAAUAUGGAUGAUUCAUGGAACUACUAUCAGCUGCCUCCUUUACCUGAAAAUUAAGAAGAAAGACUUGCCGAGAUCAUACAAGGUUCCUAUCAUCAUCCCGGUCAUUGUGCUGCUGGCCGCCAUCUACCUGGUCCUGGCGCCCAUCAUCGACCAGCCACAGAUGGAGUUCCUUUACGUCUUCCUGUUCGUGCUCAGUGGCUUUGUGGUGUAUUUCACCGUCAUUUACUUCCAAUUCCAGCCCCGACUCUUGCAGGGGAUCACAGUCCAACUCCAGCUGCUGCUAGAAGUGGCUCCCACCAUGAAGAAUGUAGACUGAGGGCUGCUGGGAAGUUCUUCCUAUCUUGCCCUCUUCAUUUUCUAUGGUGAACUUAGUGAAUGUGAACAGUUCAGCUUACAAAAAAUAAUUAAAAAAAAAGACUGUAUAUGAAAUUGUGAACUUUUGUUUCAUAUAAUUUGGUUGGUGUGUGUGUGUGUAUUAAAUGUUGUCAUGAAAACUUCCCUGCUCAUCUCUGCUCCCUUCUGAAUUCCUGGUUUCUUCAAUAUAUUUUUAAAUGGCU